CAUUGGUGGCAUCCAUCUACAUUUCUUUCUUUUGGAAGACAUGGUGCUGGCUGUUUGGUUGGUCUUCUUCAUGUACACCUGGAUCACAUGGAUUCCAGAUGCUUCUGCUAUUUCUGCCAUCAAGAGACACCACCAGCAAUGCCUGGCUUCAGUGAAACAAACACGCAUAAGGGAAACCAGAAUGAGGAAAGACGACAGUACGAAAGUCUGGCCCUUGAAACGUGAGCAGUUGUUGCACAUUGAGGACCACGAUUUCUCCACAAGGCCUGGAUUUGGAGGUUCGCCAGUGCCAGUAGGUAUAGAUGUCCAGGUUGAAAGCAUCGACAGCAUUUCAGAGGUCAACAUGGACUUUACGAUGACAUUUUAUCUCAGGCACUAUUGGAAGGAUGAGAGACUCGCCUUUGCUAGCACUACAAACAAAAGCAUGACCUUUGAUCACAGACUGAUUCAAAAGAUUUGGGUCCCUGAUAUCUUCUUUGUCCACUCUAAAAGAUCCUUCAUCCACGACACAACCGUGGAGAACAUCAUGCUGCGAGUACACCCAGAUGGAAAUGUUCUCUUCAGUCUCAGGAUAACGGUUUCGGCCAUGUGCCUUAUGGACUUCAGCAGGUUUCCUCUGGACACUCAGAACUGCUCUCUCGAACUAGAAAGCUAUGCCUACAAUGAAGAGGACCUAAUGUUGUACUGGAAACACGGCAACAAAUCCUUAAACACUGAAGAGCACAUUUCCCUUUCUCAGUUCUUCAUUGAGGAGUUCAGCGCAUCUAGUGGAUUGGCUUUCUAUAGCAGCACAGGGUGGUACUAUAGGCUUUUCAUCAACUUUGUGCUGCGGAGGCAUAUUUUCUUCUUUGUACUGCAGACCUAUUUCCCAGCCAUGCUGAUGGUGAUGCUGUCGUGGGUUUCAUUCUGGAUUGACCGGAGAGCUGUUCCUGCGAGAGUGUCCCUGGGAAUCACCACAGUGCUCACCAUGUCCACAAUCGUCACUGGUGUGAAUGCCUCCAUGCCCCAGGUGUCGUACGUCAAGGCAGUGGACGUGUACAUGUGGGUCAGCUCCCUCUUUGUGUUUCUGUCGGUCAUUGAGUAUGCAGCGGUGAAUUACCUCACCACAGUGGAAGAGUGGAAGCAACUCAAUCAGAGAAGAAAGAUUUCUGGAAUGUACAAUAUUGAUGCAGUUCAAGCCAUGGCCUUCGAUGGCUGCUACCAUGACAGUGAGACUGAUGUGGACCAGACUUCAUUCUCUCAGCACUCAGAAGAGGACUCCAUGAGAACAAAGUUCACAGGAAGCCCCUGCACAGAUUCAUCUCAGUUAAAGAGAAAACCCAUGGGAGGAAAUGUUGGUAGAAUCAUCAUAGAAAACAACCAUGCCAUUGAUACCUAUUCUAGAAUUGUGUUUCCCAUUGUUUAUAUUAUAUUUAAUUUAUUUUACUGGGGUAUAUAUUUAUGAGGAGGACGUUUUGUUUAUUGACUUUUUUCUCUUUGCAGUAAUCAGACCUUGCACAUGCUAAUUAAGUGUUCUACCAUCUGCAGCCUGAAGAGGAAUUUUUACUGUAAACUUCUAUUAGAGUCAGAUGGUGUUAUUUACCUCCUGGAUAUGACCUAGACAGUUAAACUGGGGCAGAGCCAGUCAUGUCUCUUGGCCUAAAGAAGAUG